AUGAGAAAUAGGCAUGAGUUACAAAUAACAACAAUCAUUCAAAUGAUCCAUGACUUCAUGCAAGGAGUGUAUUGUCAACGUGCUGCAUUCGGAUUUAAUUUCACAGGGGAAUUUCAUGGUCUUCUGACCCCUUAUGCACUUAAGGUGCUUCAAAAAAGAUUUAUCAACUCCGAUGGUUGUAGGGUUAGGCAUAUUGUUGACGACAGAUAUGAAGUGAGUAAGUAUUUAACCACUAAAUCCGUGCAAUUAGAUCGUGACAUUUGUACUUGCGGGAAAUGGCAAAAUUGCGGAAUACCUUGUCAUCACGCUAUAGCAUCAUUACAAAGGCUUGAAAUUGAAGAAAUCCAACUUAUGGUAAAUUAUAAGUUAACUACUGCGGUGUAUCGAAAUGCUUAUCAAACUGAGAUAGUGAAUCCUAUUCCAAACCUUAUGCAUUGGGAAAUACCAGUUGAAAGUGUUUCCAUCUUACCUCCACGACAAUUUACUUGA